GGGGGCGGGGGGAGUUGACUUGGGCUGUGCAAUAAUUGAAGGAAGGCUCCGCUGGGUAGGGGAAAGGACCCAGCAGCGGGAACUAAUUCUGCGGGGAUUAGGAAACGCGAGUGAAAAGACGGGAGUAUUGAAAAAGUCACAUAAGUACACGUAACCAACUUUAGUGACUUAUCUAUCGGCUGAGAGUAAAGGCUUAAACUUAAGAGACUAACUCUACUAAAACACUGCUGGCAUUUUGUAUGUGCUGAAGAUAAAACGGAUACGACAGAAAAAAGAAAAAUAGUGAGAGCAAGUCUGAGGCUUCAUUUAGCAGUCAGGGGGCUUGCUUCAUGAAUUAUGUCCGCCACCACUGUCGACCCUCAGAGGCCAAAGGGACAAGAUAAAGUGCAGAAUGGUUCAUUACAUCAAAAGGACACUAUUCAUGACAACGAUUUUGAGCCAUAUCUUACUGGUCAAUCUAAUCAGAGCAGUAGUUAUCCUUCCAUGACUGAUCCUUAUUUGUCAAGCUAUUAUGCCCCUUCUAUUGGAUUCCCUUAUUCACUUAGUGAAGCACCCUGGUCUACAGGUGGUGAUCCUCCAAUACCAUACCUGACAACAUAUGGACAGUUGAGCAAUGGAGACCACCAUUUUAUGCACGAUGCAGUUUUUGGCCAGCCUGGUGGACUUGGAAGCAAUAUAUAUCAGCACAGGUUUAAUUUUUUCCCAGAAAAUCCAGCUUUUUCCGCAUGGGGAACCAGCGGCUCUCAGGGACAACAAACUCAAAGCUCUGCUUAUGGCAGUAAUUACACUUAUCCGCCAAGUUCCUUGGGUGGUACAUUAGUUGAUGGACAAACAGGCUUUCAUAAUGAUUCCUUAAAUAAAGCGCCGGGUAUGAACAGCAUUGAGCAAGGUAUGGUAGGACUUAAGAUUGGUGCUGAUGUGACAGGUUCUGCUGUGAAAGCAGUAGGCUCUGUUAUUAGUAAUCCAGGCAUAAACAGUGUAGUAACAGGAAAUGGUAGUACUACACUUGGCAUAUCUACAGCAAAGCCUACAUCUUGGGCUGCCAUUGCCAGUAAACCAGCCAAGCCACAACCAAAAAUAAAGACCAAAGCUGGGGCAUCACUUCCAGGUGGAGCUUUGCCACCACCACCAAUAAAACACAACAUGGACAUAGGUACUUGGGAUAACAAAGUGCCUGUAAGUAAAGGGCCUAUGCCACAGCAUCCUAUUCUUUCACCUCACUCAACUGUUCAGCAAUUACAACAACAAAUGCAAACAGUUUAUACGCAGCCUCCACAGCUGAUUUCCCUGCAACAGGACCAGAGUCAAAGCCAGAGUUCACAAUCCCAGAAUCGCUGGGUUGCUCCUCGGAACAGGAAUAUGGGCUAUGGAAGCACUGGUGGUAGUACUGAUAGCAAUACUUCUAGCAGUUCAUCUGGUAAUUCUGCUUCUGGAGGAGAUUCCCACCCUGUACUUGAGAAACUACGAGCAGCGCAUAGUUAUAACCCCAAGGAUUUUGACUGGAAUAUUAAAAAUGCUAGAGUGUUUAUCAUAAAGAGCUACUCUGAGGAUGACAUUCAUCGUUCUAUUAAGUAUUCAAUCUGGUGUAGCACUGAGCAUGGUAAUAAACGCCUGGAUAAUGCAUUUCGUACCAUGAACAACAAAGGUCCUGUUUACCUUUUGUUCAGCGUCAAUGGUAGUGGACAUUUCUGUGGGGUGGCAGAAAUGCGUUCCUCUGUGGACUAUGGCACAAGUGCAGGAGUCUGGUCACAGGACAAGUGGAAAGGCAAAUUUGAUGUCAAAUGGCUUUUUGUCAAGGACGUUCCCAAUAGCCAGCUAAGGCACAUUCGCCUAGAGAAUAAUGAUAACAAACCAGUCACUAACUCUCGAGAUACCCAAGAGGUGCCCUUGGAGAAAGCAAAACAAGUGCUUAAAAUAAUUGCAACCUACAAGCAUACCACAUCAAUCUUUGAUGACUUUUCACACUAUGAAAAAAGGCAGGAGGAGGAAGAGGUAGUUCGUAAGGAACAAGAACAUCGAAGCAAACCAUGCAAGGAUAUAUUAAUGAAUUAAUAUAUGGUUUACAGGCCUUAAUCUGAAGUAACAAUUUACGAUAAAGUUGUUUUAUUUUGUUCUUCCUUCCUGGUUUUUAGUGCCGUCAUUUAGCAUUACUGAAGAUUUUUGGCAUUCAGCUUCAUUGUUAACCUUCUUGCAUAGAGAAACUGUUUCAUAUAUCUGUAAUUCCUGCUUUUUAUGCAUAGAAACUAAUCUGUUUUCUUUUUGAUAUAAAAUUGUCAUCUUAUGAAAUAGAGCAGAAUUUGUUAGCUUUCAAUAUCAGAGUUCGGGGGGCGGGGGGAUGAUGGAGGAGGGCAUUGUUAUUUCCUGUGGGGUGAUUUCUGCUGCUGUGAUGCUGAAUGACAAUUUCAGAUAAAGAAUACCUUGUAUUUUAUUGACCAGAUCUAAACAACUUUGUAACCUUUUUCUUUAUAUUGUUGUAGCAUUUAUUGUCCUAAAUUGUUACACUGAAACUAUCCUGUACAAGUGUUUU